UUCACUCUAAACAAAAAAAAAAAAAUCUCCCUUCCCGUUCUGCUCUGGCGCACUCGCAUAAUCGCAUCUGCUGACCCGGCGACCUUCAGGCAGAAUUCCCCAUCCGCCGAGGGAGCAAAUCGAGGAAGAUGGCCUCCGAGGACCGUAGCCCGAUCCACGCGCCGGAGAAGAAGGAGGAGGCCGCCGCCACCGCUGGAGCUGGAGCUGGCUUCGACGAUCUGGUGGACCCACGGUUCCAGUGCUGCGUAUGCCUGGAGCUUAUCUAUAAACCAGUUGUUAUUGCAUGUGGUCAUAUCUCAUGUUUCUGGUGCGUGCAUAAAGCAAUGGACUACCAUCGGCAAUCCUAUUGUGCAAUAUGCAGGCAACCUUACAUUCAUUUUCCGAGUAUUUGUCAACUCCUCCAUCAUUUGCUUUUAAAGCUUGAACCUGUGGAAUACAAGAAAAGGGAAAAAGAAGUACUAGAGACAGAGAAGAGCAAUGGUACAUACUCUCCACAAAAUAUUGACCUCUUAUACUCUAAGGGCAAUAAUUAUGAAAAUGGAAAAGAUGGAGACAGCAAGCUUGAAGGUAGCAAAAUCGGAUUUCCAGGUGAAGAUUCAGUUGAUGUGUCAUGUCCUCUCUGUAAGGAGUUGCUAUAUCAACCUGCUGUUCUUAACUGUGGUCAUGUAUAUUGUGUGUCUUGUUUGCCUUCCUUGGGCGAUGAGACAUUGAAAUGUCAAGUUUGUGGAGGUCUUCAUCCCGGAGGUUUUCCCAAUGUUUGUUUAGAUCUUGACCACUUUCUGGAAGAAUACUUUCCAUCUGAAUAUGAAUCAAGACGCAAUAAACUUAAGCCUGAGAACAGUCAAUACAAUCCUGAAGGAUCAUCUUCAGGUACUUCAUGCAGCAAAGAUAACAUGGAUAGACAAGCAAAAGGGGGAACUGUACAGAAGAAUCUGAACUUAUCAAAUGUUCACAUUGGAGUUGGAUGUGACUCAUGUGGGGUUUACCCGAUUAUGGGCAUGCGUUACAAAUGCAAGGAUUGCACAGAAAGAAUCGGGUUUGACCUCUGCGGGGAGUGCUACAACAACAGAUCAAAACUCCCAGGCCGCUUUAAUCAGCAGCAUACCUCUGACCAUAGGAUGGAACUCGAUAAUACAAGACUCUACGGAGGGCUGAUAGCACAAUUGGCAUUAAUUGGUGCUGGAGGUAUUGGUGAAGCAAUAGCUGACGAUCAUGAAAUAGAAGAUGACACUGACGAGGAUGCUGAGUUGCUGUAGAAAUCAAGCAUCUUUUGUAAGCGUAGCUGAUUCUGGGAGGGAGGCUUGAAUUUUGUGGGAGUCAGGGUACAUGAAUGUAAUAAUACUGUUACGUGCUAUAUCGUCCUUGUUUCCUUUUGGGUCCAAGGGUCAGUGUCUUGUUUAUGCUUUUGUAAAUAUAAACUUAUAUUUUGGUCUUCCAUCUCAAAU